ACCACUUCCACAUCUCACUCUAUCUCUCUCCUGCAGAAUUCCAGUUACCACAUAGGAGCUAAAUUCUACCUUUACCAUUUGUGUUCUUCCGUUCUUCUCCGAAUAAUACAAAAUGUCAUUCAUGUCUCCAAUAACCAUCCACGGAACAGAAUGAUUCUCGCCUUCUCGGCUAACCCCCGUAGCAUGUUCCAUGCCUCUCUAGUCUCUACGCUGUCUCGUCUCCAGGAACACAUAAUAACAUGCAACCAUCCACGUUAUUCCUCCCUCCAUCAAACUCACCUGGCAGUCGAAAUAGUUAGAGUAUCUGCCAUAAUUGUUACCUCGACAGCUUCACUCCAACCCAAUGAUAAGCCACCACUCCGACCAUCGCAAUCCAUCCCUGCCAUAUGAGCGAAACCCUGCGCUCUUAAUAGUUCUUUCACCCGUUGACAUCUUCCUAUUACUGUGAAUAGUUUUGAGGCAACAUCAUUUCAGUGAUUAAUUCUAUCAAGUUCUUUUAGUGAGUAUCAAGUGGUAUCCAGCCAAGUACUGUAGUGAUCAUUGUUCAACAUGAAAUCCUGCUUAUGCCACCAAUGCGUGACUUAUCUGAUCUAAUCAUGUAAACCUAGAAUUUCAGGCACACAAAUUAUCUAAUUUGUUUCCUUAACCCUACUGACUUGAAUAAUGUGAUUAUAGAACUCGGAUCAGGGUUACUUGUUUUGUUGUUUAGUGGUAUUUCCUCUUAUUUUUGUUCUACUUUGUUUGUCAAUUGUGGCAGCAUAAGCCAAGUAUUUGUUCCUGUACUUUAUCGGGGGUGAGUGAAACUAUUACCACUCACACUGCUAUUAUCUUAAUGCAUACACAUUAUAAACGACAAUGUUAACUGCAAGGUUUGUUGUCAACAAAAGAAAUACUAGAAUAUCUCUUUUAUAUUAUAAUAAUAGCCUAAUGAGUAAUGAUACAAGUAUUAAGUCGAGAUAGUAUUUCAUUUGUUAUUGUAAAACUGGGAAUUCAAUUUUGGUAUGAUCCUACGGUGGUAUAAUGCUAUCACCAAUUAGCACUACUGUGGUUAUUGAACUUUUUUUAUGUAUAUGAUCUUUGCAGGGAAAACUAACUGAUGGAAUUGGAUUUGAUUCCUGCUUUGGAAGGUGUGACCCAAUUGAUUUUUUGCUCGGUCAAGGUGGAGUAUUAAAGGUCGUUCUAGACGGUUAGUGGAAACUGCCAAUUGAGGAAUGUGCUCAACAUAUACAAUUCAAUCCGGUGGGAACUGUAAUUCUAUUGCCGGUUCCACAUGUAUGUUUAUUUAUGCAACCAUUAUAUGACACAUGUGCACCGAGAAUCUCAGGUGGUUACAAAAUGUUUCUCAUGAUCCAGUUUUUAUAAUUAUAAAGAUAUGGCACUGCCAAAGAUCUUAAGCCGCAAGCUUCUCCGCCGCUCUCCUUCCUUAUCAGCUUCCUACUCUUUCGAGUUGCAUGGUUCCGAUCACUGCCUGCGGCGGCAGCACCAUGUUUUCCUCCCAUCGGUACGGUCCCCAUCUGCGUUGUCUUUGUUUUCCGGAUCAAAGCAAUUUGUAGUUCCUUUGGGGGUUCAUUCAUUCUCCCGCUCUUUCUCAACUCGUAAAUCCACUUCUAUUGAAGGAUUUCCGUUUCAAGAUGGAGACUUUAACCACACUCAACCUGCAUCUCCAGCUGACCGAUUUCUUCCGGGCUACGUAGCCAGUGGCACGGACGUGGUUGAAUCGAUUCUUCCGGUUUGGGCUCUAGCUUCGUUGCUAGAUGGCUACUAUGUGUUCACGGGAUUACCUUGGUGGUUUGUUAUUGGUUCUGGAACAUUGGUGAUGAGGCUUUCGCUAUUUCCAUUUGUAGUACUGCAGCUCCACAAGUUGACGAGGAUCGGAGAGCUACUACCUAAGUUGCCUCCUCCUUUCCCACCAUGUAUGUCACGAAGGACAUUCAAAGAUCAAUUCAAACUUUUCUCCAAAGAGAAGAGAGCAGCAGGUUGCCCUUCACUUUUAUGGUUCAUCUCAUCAUUUUCUCUACAGGUUCCCUGCUUUUUCCUAUGGAUUACAACUAUAAGAAGAAUGUCACUCGAUCACCAUGAUGGAUUUGAUGCUGGAGGAACUCUGUGGUUUCAGAAUUUGACUGAAGUGCCAAAUGGCACUUUAGGGCCCAUAUUACCCUUACUGAUUGCUGGGCUGCAUUUCACUAAUGUUCAGGUUUCCUUUCAGAGUUCAUCACUUAUGAAAACCAGUGGCCCUUUUGCUUUAUUAGCAAAGUACUACAAACUAUACUUGGAGAUUCUGUCCCUCCCAAUACUGUUUAUUUCGUUCAAUUUGCCACAGGGGAGUUUAGUGUACUGGGUUUUCAAUAGUAUAUCAAGUCUACUUCAGCAAAUUUCUCUUAGGCAUCCUGUGGUUCGUAAGAAAUUAGGGCUACCAGAUAAGGAGGUUUCUGCAAUUGCAAAACAAAACAACGUAGACUGCUCAAAGGAAGAGUUGAUGAAUACUUCAAAUGAUCACAAGAGAUGGCAAAUUAUGUCAUAAAUCCGAAUGUAAUUUCACAUCCAGAUUCUUUACGGGAGAUACCUGCCCAAAAUCUGUCGGCCAAAGAGCUUGUUAGUAUUGCAACCACACUCUUUGCUGAAGGUAAAAAGGACGUGGCUCUUCAACUGAUGCGAUUUGCCCUUGCCAAGGAUCCUGAUUAUGCAAGGGCUUUGAUGCAUGGACAAUUGCAAAAUGGUUUCUCAUCAGAAGCCGCUGAAAACUUGCAGAGUUGUAUUUCUGAGCUGCUCAUAAAUAGGCACCCUGCGGAAGUUGAGGAUGUCGAUCAUUUGAUCCUAUCAUCUCAAUGGGCAGGUGUGACUUGUAUACGGCAGGGGAAGUAUGAAGAGGGCAUUGCACACCUCGAGAAAGUAGCUCUGAUGAAGUAGCCAGAGGAUCCAAGGAUAAAAUCACAUUACUAUGACGCGUUAGUAUUAUUCUCAAGUGCUUUGUACAUAGUGGGCCGGAAAGCUGAAGCUGCCAAGUAUUUGCACAUAGUCAGUGCUUAUGAUCCUUCUUGUAUAGAUUUAUUGAAGCAAUAUGAAACUGAUGCAACUUCCCAAGAAGCAACUGAAAAUGAGUUUGUCAAUGACCUUGACAACAGCCGUAGAGCAGAUUAGUUUAUUUUUCAUUAAUCAGAUGGGAAUCCAGUUUUGGUCAUUCUUGAUUACCGAAUAAGUAAAGUGUGUCACUCUGUGAGCC